CAGCGUAUACGAUGCGCUUUCAACGCCGUCACUCGCACCCCCUCGACCCUCAACUGCGCUUUGUUGCUGCCUUCGCUCCUUUCGUAUUCUCCUGGCAAAUGUUGACGGCCGUUUUUGCUCUUCUCGUCACCGAGGUCUGGCGCCUCUAAGCCUUGAAACGCUGCGUUCCCACUCAUCGUCCGGUCCCACCUCGAAAUAUUACGUCCCCUUCACCUGCCAUCGCCGGCCUCUUCACCAUCUCUCCCUCGAAGGCCAUGGCGGAUCUUUACGACGAACAGUCGCAGCCGUCUUCCAAUCACACUUCUGCGUUGCACUCCCAGCAUGCUUCGAUGAAUCUCGAUGCGGCGGCGGGUCACAGCGAUGUCGAUGGCUUCUACGUUCCCCGCCCAAAACGUAUCGCAUGCGUUGUCUGCAGGAGGAGAAAAUUGAGAUGCGACGGCAGAAAACCCAGCUGCGGGACUUGUGCGAGAUUGGGGCAUGAAUGCGCCUACGACGAAGUCCGAAAAAAGAGCGGUCCGAAGCGGGGCUAUGUGAAGCAGUUGGAGGUCGAGACCUUACUUAAAACCCAAGAAGGGGGAGCCCCUCUGCCCCAAACGAACGAUUUCAGUGCUCCGGCUCCGAGCGAGCUGACAAGCGUACCCGAGCCAACUGUUCUACCAAAUGGUACGAGUGCACCUAUAUCGCCUCCAGAACAGACCGGAAAUCAUCCUCUUCCGGGCCAAAUAUAUCUGCCGCCACCCGUACGCGACUCUCAUAAUUUCGCAUGGGACAUGAUAAGUCUGGGGCUCGAGGAGCCUCUCCCCGCCCGAGAAGUCAUUGAUGAACUGAACCAAAUCUAUUUUGAGAAAAUUCACCCCGCCCUCCCCGUAUUACACCGGCCGAGGCAUUUGGCGGCCAUGGAUCUGGCCCCAAAUGUUCGACCCCCCGUGUGUUUGCAAUACAUCACAUGGAGUCAUGCUGCGUCUGUCACUGACAAGUACAAUAACUUGCACGAACUGUUCUACCAGCGGGCUCGCAAAUACGCCGAACUGGAGGAGAUGAAAGGUCUUGGAGAGGGUGUCUUGUCUUUGGCAUGCUGUCAGACAUGGCUACUCAUCGGUACCUAUGAGUUUAGAAUGAUGUGCUUCCCCCGCGCUUGGCUGAGCGUUGGGAAAGCUUCACGGUUGUCACUCAUGUUGGGUUUGAACCGAAUAGAUGGGCUGGGCCACGGAGUUAAACAAUCACUCCCAGCCACCAGCGAUUGGACGGAAAAGGAGGAGCGACGAAGGGUCUUCUGGAUGGCGUACUGCGUUGAUCGGUUCGCCAGCGUGGGAACUGGAUGGCCCGUAUUGUUCGAUGACCGAGACAUCACGACCAAUUUGCCUGCUAGCGAAGAAGCAUUCGUAAAAAGCCAGCCGCAGCAGACUGGGAGUGUCAGCGAUAUCGUGGACGGCGAUGGUAUUCCCACGCUCUCGCCGUUCGGAAGCGUUGUUUUCAUGGCGUACCUCUUUGGCCGGAAUCUCUCCCACCUCCAUCGCCCCGAUCCACAAGACAACGAGUAUGAUCUGAACGGGGUGUUCUGGCAGCGACAUCGGUCGCACGAUAACAUCUUGCUCCAUUUCGCAUUGGCCAUGCCAAACCAUCUUCGCCUGCCUGCGGGUGUGGCAGAUCCCAAUGUGAUUUUCUGCAACAUGGCGAUCCAUACCUCUACGAUAUGCCUUCACCAGGCCGCCAUAUUCAAGGCGGAGAAGAACAAAAUCUCCGAGCAGAUCGCGACCGAAAGCAAACGGAGAUGCAUAGUUGCUGCGGACCAGAUCUCCAACAUCAUGAAGAUGAUCAGCCACAUGGACCUGACGAUUAUGAACCCGUUUAUGGCAUUCUGCGUCUAUAUCGCAGCGCGGGUGUUUGUACAAUACCUCAAGUCUCGCUCCGAUGACUCUGCCGCCCGAUCCUCUCUACAAUUCCUCUUCUCUGCUCUGGGUGCACUGAAACAGAAGAACCCCUUGACCGAGUCCUUCCUGGUUCAGCUUGACGUGGAUAUCGAGGGCACCGCACUCGACGAUAUCCGACCCCGACCAUUGAAAAAGAUUCGCCGCGCGCCCAGUCGUACGGUAAGCACUGAUCAUCCUUUGUCCAACAAACGAGCUCUCCAAUCCUUCGUGUAACUAACAACGACAUAAAACAUAUAGUACUCGGACGAAGAACUUGCACCAGACACCCAGCCUCUCACAUCCAUCUGUCCGCAUUCACGGACAACGUUAACCCCCGAUGAAGGGGAUUCGCCA